AUGUUGCUCAAGAAGGAAGUGGAGAAGCGUGACGCGGAAGCGAGCCUGCGUUGUUUAAAAGUACGACUCGAUAAGCUAUCCAAAAUCAAUGUUUUAAACACGGCAUUCCAUAUCUGGCAACAGGGCUGCUUUGGUACCAUAAAUGGCUUUCGUCUUGGCCAACUGCCACAUUCGCAGGUGGAAUGGAACGAAAUCAAUGCUGCCUGGGGACAGUUGGCUUUGCUGCUCAAUGCAAGUUAUAAAUUUUUAUUCGCUGUUGAAAUCAUACGGAAAUAUACUUUGGGCGAUUGUCUGGAUGAUUUUCAUUUUUCGGUCUACCGUAUUGUACCGAUGGGCAGUUACUCAUUCGUGCAAUGCAUUGACAGUGAUGUGGACUUACCGUUGUUUGGCAGCGGCGGCUUCAAACCGUUUGGUCAGAAAAAGCUCGAUGAAGGCAUUUGCGCGGACAGGAUUGAAGAUAACAAGAUGGAGUAUUCGGUGAAGAUGCAGUUCAACUCGGAGGAACGGUGGACCAAAGCGAUGAAAUGCCUGUUGAUCAAUUUUCGCUGGGCAAUUUCGUUCGUCGUUGUGCACUCGAAAGUCCUGGCAUCCGAAGAAAAUGCAGCAUAG